AUGGAAUAUUACCGAUUUCUGGAAAAAUGUGGCCUGGAGUCGUAUUACCGCAAAAUAGAAUCUUAUAUUACAUCACUUGAGACUAUCGCUAACAUAGGAGAAAGCAAGAAGAAACGUGACAAAGCACAAUUACUGCUGAAUAAUUAUAGGGAGAUAAGUAUGAGCCUUUCUUUGUUGGAAACACAAGUGGCGUGUUCAUCUGGUGUUAAUGCCUUCGAGGAACCAGCACUGGCCCCUCCGGGGUACCAGAGUGAACGUCCUGAUCAUAGAAUAGCAUGA